GCGCUGUCGUGUCGGGAAUGGAAUGUGUAAGUGUAACAUUCAGAACCGGGUAACAUUCGGCGACCGAACGCGGCGGUCGGCAGUGAUAGCGCGGGGCCUGCGAAGCACCGCUCGGGGCCGGCACUGCCCGCGGGGAGGACGCGCCGCCGCCGCCGCCCCGCGCCGCCUCUUGCCGCCGGCCGGGCCGCCGGGCGCCCGGGGAGCCGGCCCCGUGAACGCAGGAGUAAACACCGGCGGAGUGUGGGAGCCGCUGCAGAAGGGAAUAAAGAGACAUGCAGGGAUUUGUGAGGUUACGGCGCCCCAGCUGCAAGAUGCACUAGCCGGCUGAAGCCGAGGCGGAUUGACUUGUUGGAACCGUAGUGCUCUGCACCGGAGUGUGGAUGAGUUGAAGUUGCUUUCCCCGGGCUCGUUCUCCACGCCGCUGAGAGGAAUCCGAGCGGAGAGGCAGUCACUUCGUCUUGCCAUUGAUUGGGUAUCCGGAGCUUUUUCUUCCCUGCUCUCUUUCUUUUCCUCCGUCUUGUUGCAUGCAAGAAAAUUACAGUCCGCUGUUCGCCCGCCCUGGGUGCGAGAUCUUCUGCCCGGCUCUCUCCCGUGCAUUGUGCAGCCCAAAGAUGAAAGACCGAAGGGGAGAAAGUUAAAGAAAUCGCCCACAUGCGCUGGAUCAGUCCACGGCUUGGGGAAAGGCAUCCAGAGAAGGUGGGAGCGGAGAGUUUGAAGUCUUUACAGGCGGGAAGAUGGCGGACUGGAGCUGAAAGUGUUGAUUGGGAAACUUGGGUGAUUCUUGUGUUUAUUUACAAUCCUCUUGACCCAGGCAGGACACAUGCAGGCCAAAAAACGCUAUUUCAUCCUGCUCUCAGCUGGCUCUUGUCUCGCCCUUUUGUUUUAUUUUGGAGGCGUGCAGUUUAGGGCAUCGAGGAGCCACAGCCGGAGAGAAGAGCACAGUGGUCGGAAUGGCUUGCACCAGCCCAGUCCGGAUCAUUUCUGGCCCCGCUUCCCGGACGCUCUGCGCCCCUUCUUUCCUUGGGAUCAAUUGGAAAACGAGGAUUCCAGCGUGCACAUUUCCCCCCGGCAGAAGCGAGACGCCAACUCGAGCAUCUACAAAGGCAAGAAGUGCCGCAUGGAGUCCUGCUUCGAUUUCACCCUUUGCAAGAAAAACGGCUUCAAAGUCUACGUCUACCCGCAGCAGAAAGGAGAGAAAAUCGCCGAAAGUUACCAAAACAUUCUAGCGGCCAUCGAGGGCUCCAGGUUCUAUACCUCGGACCCCAGCCAGGCGUGCCUCUUUGUCUUGAGUCUGGAUACUUUAGACAGAGACCAGUUAUCACCUCAGUAUGUGCACAAUUUGAGAUCCAAAGUGCAGAGUCUCCACUUGUGGAACAAUGGUAGGAAUCAUUUAAUUUUUAAUUUAUAUUCUGGCACUUGGCCUGACUACACCGAGGACGUGGGGUUUGACAUCGGCCAGGCGAUGCUGGCCAAAGCCAGCAUCAGUACUGAAAACUUCCGACCAAACUUUGAUGUUUCUAUUCCCCUCUUUUCUAAGGAUCAUCCCAGGACAGGAGGGGAGAGGGGUUUUUUGAAAUUUAAUACCAUCCCUCCUCUCAGGAAGUACAUGCUGGUAUUCAAGGGGAAGAGGUACCUGACAGGGAUAGGGUCAGACACCAGGAAUGCCUUAUAUCACGUCCAUAACGGGGAGGACGUCUUGCUCCUCACCACCUGCAAGCAUGGCAAAGACUGGCAAAAGCACAAGGAUUCUCGCUGUGACAGAGACAACACGGAGUAUGAGAAGUAUGAUUAUCGGGAAAUGCUGCACAAUGCCACUUUCUGUCUGGUUCCUCGUGGUCGCAGGCUUGGGUCCUUCAGAUUCCUGGAGGCUUUGCAGGCUGCCUGUGUCCCUGUAAUGCUCAGCAAUGGAUGGGAGUUGCCAUUCUCCGAAGUGAUUAAUUGGAACCAAGCUGCCGUCAUAGGUGAUGAGAGAUUGCUAUUACAGAUUCCUUCUACAAUCAGGUCUAUUCAUCAGGAUAAAAUCCUAGCACUUAGACAGCAGACACAGUUCUUGUGGGAGGCUUAUUUUUCUUCAGUUGAGAAGAUUGUAUUAACUACAUUAGAGAUUAUUCAGGACAGAAUAUUCAAGCACAUAUCACGUAACAGUUUAAUAUGGAACAAACAUCCUGGAGGAUUGUUCGUCCUACCACAGUAUUCUUCUUACCUGGGAGACUUCCCUUACUACUAUGCUAAUUUAGGUUUAAAGCCCCCCUCCAAAUUCACUGCAGUCAUCCAUGCUGUGACCCCCCUGGUCUCUCAGUCCCAGCCAGUGUUAAAGCUUCUUGUGGCUGCAGCCAAAUCCCAGUACUGUGCACAGAUCAUAGUUCUAUGGAAUUGUGACAAGCCUCUACCAGCCAAACACCGCUGGCCUGCCACUGCCGUGCCUGUCAUCGUCAUUGAAGGAGAAAGCAAGGUUAUGAGCAGCCGGUUUCUGCCCUACGACAACAUCAUCACUGAUGCUGUGCUCAGCCUUGAUGAGGACACUGUGCUUUCAACUACGGAAGUGGAUUUUGCCUUCACUGUGUGGCAGAGCUUCCCAGAGAGGAUUGUGGGAUAUCCUGCUCGCAGUCAUUUCUGGGAUAACUCGAAGGAGCGGUGGGGAUAUACAUCCAAGUGGACGAAUGACUACUCCAUGGUGUUGACAGGAGCUGCUAUCUACCACAAAUAUUAUCACUACCUGUAUUCUCAUUACCUGCCAGCCAGCCUGAAGAACAUGGUAGACCAACUGGCCAACUGUGAGGACAUUCUCAUGAAUUUCCUGGUGUCUGCUGUGACAAAAUUGCCUCCAAUCAAAGUGACCCAGAAGAAACAGUAUAAGGAGACAAUGAUGGGACAGACUUCCCGAGCAUCCCGCUGGGCUGACCCUGACCAUUUUGCCCAGCGACAGAGCUGCAUGAAUACAUUUGCCAGCUGGUUUGGCUACAUGCCGCUGAUCCACUCCCAGAUGAGGCUUGACCCGGUACUCUUUAAAGACCAAGUCUCAAUCCUGAGGAAGAAAUACAGAGACAUUGAACGACUUUGAGGAAGCCCACUGAGUGGGGGAAGGGAAGCAAGACUGGAGUCCAGCUGCUCUCUCCUCCCAGUGCAGAUCCGCUCAUGCCCAUGGGUGGAGCCAGACUGUGCCAAGUAUCAAAAAAAUGAAAAAAAAAAUCAAAAAAGACAAAAAAAAAGGAAAAGGAAAAAAAAUAAACAGCUUAGAUGAACACAGUGACAAAACUCGGCUGGAAUCCUGGCUCCUGGGGCUGCGCCAGACUGCUCCAUUCACCUCACUGGCUUCUGUGUCCCACGACUAGGUUGUGUACAGUUUAAUUAUGGAACAUUAAAUAAUUAUUUUUGAAAUGAUUGCUAUGCAGGUUUAAACUUUUUUAAUGAUCAAAAACUAUUAAAAACCAGAGUUCUUUCUUUAAUCAAAAUUGUGUUGGUUGUGAAUAUUUCCAAGCUGCUGCUCCCCUCCCUAUAGACAGGACUGCCAGGGGUCACCCAGGAUUUCCUGCAGUGACAGAAAACAGACAUCACGGGAAACACAAUGAGUUAUUUGACGUAGUGUCAGCAAAGAACUGGGCAUACCCUAAAACAAGUUCAUGUUCCAGUUUAGAUGUUUGGAUCAAUCCCCUUGGUCUCUGAACUGUUGCUGUAUAAGAGAAAAUGUUGGCUCCAGAGAUGGAGUUCUAACUCAAAACUUUAAUAUAAACAUGGUAAUCUUUUUACAUGGGAAUGGGUGGGGGGAGUUAGACCGAGCAAACACUAGUAGAUUUAAGAAAUGGUGAGCAAAGAACCAAACAACUCCCAGCAUGUUAGUGACGGACAGCCCACAACUGAAAUCCAAGACUUCCUAGUGGUUGGCCUAUAUAGGCUCAGCCACCGACCCAUAUAUCUGAUGGGCGCACCCUAUGUGUUAGAGGCCAAAGGAAAGAAAAAUGAGUCCAGAUUAUUUAUAAGACAAGCGGUUGAAUGUUUGUGAAAAACUCAAGUUGCAAAGGCUUCUCUGUUGAGAAAGAAGUGGUUAUGUGUAAAUCCACACCAUUUAACAAAUGGAUAGUUGUGAAGUACCUAACUGAGGGCAUGCCUUGCCACAGAACUCAUUCCAAUUUGAGUUAAAUAUUGUUUUGCUCAGAAAAAAAGAAAAGAAAAGACAAUCAAAUUAAUCAGAAACAAACGUGAAGACUUCUUUCGGUUUUGAAAUAUGUAGAAAAAUUUAGUUGUACUUCUUGUUAAAAAUAAUGCUUCCAUCGUUGCAAAUACUGUCUUAAGUUUAUAAUGGUUUUGAAAUAUUAAGAAUACACAUAUACAAGUACAUGAAGCAUAUCUUUAAGCUCCACUAUGAAAUAUGGAGGCUUCUGAUGUUAAAUGUCUGCUUCUACUUGAAGGAGCCAAAAGAGGGUGAGUUAUACAAAGAUUAUUAUUACUGAGUUAUAUCCUGAGUUACAGAAAGAUUGUUAGGUACUAUAGAAUAAUCCACAAUGAUGUGAGUUUUUUUUUUUUUCUAAGAACUCUCAUACCUUUCAUACAUGUGUCUGUAUAGACAUCGGAAGACAAAGGAACCUGCCUAGUGCCCUAGAGUGGGUGCUGUAAACAAGCAAUGAAUGUAGUAGUUUGCUGAGGCCUUAAGAGAUGACUCCAUUGCCUGCCCAGCAGCAGAGCAGGGACCAGAGUCCACAUAUACAGCUGCCAUGUUGUGAGUGGCGCAUUGGCUAUCAAGUCCACUCAAAGAGGGCUUUUCUGCAGCUUUGUGAUCCAUGAACAUCUCUCUAUGCAUCACUCUCAUCCAGUAUGACCCUGCUUUCAAAUAUAGGACAUUCCUUAGGUAGAUGUGGUAUAUCGCUAAGCAUUUCUCCCAGUAGAAUUCUUAGGUUCACAGGGCUUACGUUUGCAUCCAUCAGUAAAAUUCCCUGAAAGGUUUUAUAUUAACUGUAAUUCUUAGCAUGAUAAAGGGAGAACAGUUCAUUCCAUUUACAUAUUUGCAUUUAAAGUGGGGAACUUACCAGAAUGGUAGUAUAAUGUAUCUUUCUUCUUUACAAACAUGAAUGCAAAGUUUUGUUAAACCACCACAAGCUAAUCAAAAUCGUAAAUUGUCACCUUAGCUUGCAAAGCAGAGUCUGCAAUUGUACUAGCCAGUCCCAUGAGUGGAUUCCGGGAACUGCAGGGCACACAGUCCCCACAAGUCACAUGUGCUGUAAUUACAAAUGAGAACAAGAACUGACACACUUCUCAUCUCCUUUAAAUCUCCACGGUUGCAUUUUGUCAUUCUCUGGAGUAAUUCUCUCCGGGAUGCCAGCUAGCGUGUUCUUUGCUCAUUUGGAAGAUGCAGCUGGGAAUUGAACAAUGCUAAGCAAAUCAGCGAGGCCCAACAGCAAGAUGUAAUUUUAAUUCUCUUAGGAGUGAGUUGUCGAUUGCAUUGCAAUAAGUUGACAAAUCAUAGCCAGUGCUGUAGGAUGUCAGAAGUUAUCUCUCGGCCGGCUUUAAUGAUAAGCAGGGCCAACAUGUGUUGAGUUGGUAAGCUGCCAAGGGUAGAGUGCAUACUACAAACCAUCUAAUGAAUCACAUGAAGAAACUCCUUAGGGGACUCAGCCACUUAGGAUUUUCACACAUUUAUUUCAGCCCUAUAUGUGUUCUUCAAAAUGAGUGUUUUAAAAGCUGGCUAUGUAUUGAUAUGAAAAGAUUUAAAUAACCAUCAAGGUUUACCUGUACAUUAUAUAUUCAACAUACCAUCACUUUUAUUGACAAUGGCAAAAAAACAAUCUGAAGUUGAGACUAGAGAAAAAAAUCCAUGCAAUAAUCAUGUUGCUAAAUACAGCAUAGCUAGGUGGGCAUACAAGACAUAUGAGCAAAUGUUUUCAGAGAUGGUGCCUCAGAAGAAAGAGACAUCUCAUGUCUGGAGUUGAAUGUGCAUUACACUUUAACUUCUUGUUCCACAUGGUGCUCAAAGAAGGCUCAAUCCCCAUGGAGUCCUUCAGUGUCCCUUUUGAAAAUGAUUUUUGCUUUUCAUUACAGUAGGCUAUGUUAGCCUUUAUUUUUGGUGGCUCUCAAAUUCCUGGUGACUUGAAGGAAUGCUAGUGGCCUUUCAUAAAGGUUGCUGAACUUUAAUUUAAUCACGGGUGAGGUGAGCGAUGUGAGAAGACCUACUGACUAUUUAAAAUAAAAAAGAUUUUAAAAAAAGAGGAUACUUGAUUGCUAAUGAAAUUCUAAUCAAACUUGUUUGAAAGAUGGAGAGAAGGCUGGGAACUUCAUUGGGGUAGAAGCUGAGUGAGAUUCAUACUGGACAAGACUGGAUUAUAAAUGCAAAUGUCAAGACAAGCUUCCUCCAACUGAAAAUAUCAUAUCUUACUAGGAGGUCUCUGAAUCAAGCUCCAGUUUGGAGGGUAUCAGCUCUUGCUAUGAACUAUGAGAUAAUAAUGUUCCUGCUUUCUUCUAGUUCCCAUCACCAGCAUACAGCCUGUACAUCAGGGCUACAGUUGGUAAAUUCACUUACCUGGAUCCUGACAACUAUGGACAAGGGUCUUUAAAAUGUGUCCGCCAUUGCUGACUAGCUGUAAGCAGAAAGACCUUUUGCUGUUGCCUGCAAGUUUGAUGAGAACAAAAUUGGCUUGGAUUAAAUUCUCAGUGAACAAAAUGUGAAUAUUGAACUGCAUUCAACACAUCUCACUCACUAAACUAUCACAUGGAGAUGAAAUGAUUCCUAGACUCCUUGUUUCCUUCGAAAGGGUGAACUGGGAUGAGGCAUCCUAAGACGGUUUUACCCCAUUAAUUCAGUAGUAAUAUCCAGGAGCUCUGGAUAUGGAACCUGUGGGUUUUGAAAGUGAAGGUGAUUUCUGGCUGGAAGCCAUGUCUCCUCUUUAUCCUUUCCAAAAAUCAAAGAAUAUUGUUUCUUUGUACUUAGGGGAGGCUAGAGUUGUCACUCUCCUAGAGUGCCAAUAUGUUCUAGAUCAACAGCAUGGACAAGAGACUUGGGAGGCAGAGUCUCACCCUUGUUUAAAAUCAAGUCAAGCUGACCUUCCAGGCACACUAGUUUUGUAAUGAUUUGCCUUUCAGGCCUCAAAGGUCAUUUGAUUUCUGCAAUAGCAUUCUGUUCUACAGGAGCACAUUCCUCUCAUCUUAGUUGUAAUUAUUACUAAAAUUAGGGCCACACAGAUGACCUGAUUACCAUGAAAUGAACUGUAUAUUUAUGCUAAGAGAAAAAUGUAUAGGAUAUGCUGAGGGUUAGAAAAACAAAAAAAGACAUGGAGAACUGGAACUAUUUUAGGUGGCAAAUUGUAACAUAAAAUAGUAAAUCUUAUUUUGUAUACAAUGUACAUUUGGGAUCCUUUUUCUAAUACAUGGUCAAUGUUUUUGUGGUGUCAACACAGGUCUUUUCUGGAGUGUUUUCCCCAUUUGUUACAGAGUAUUAAUGAUUCAGGUGCAAUUGAGUCCUAAAGUGUGUGAGAGAGUGCAAGAAAUUUCAAAGCCAUAGAUCUUGAUUUACUUCACUGACCUGUGUAACUUUAUGUCUGCGUUUUUGCCAUCCAUGAUAGAUUGUUUUAUAGAGUGUCACCAAAGACUUUUUCCUUCAGAUUUAUAGAAGAAUAAAAGGAGAAAUUAUUAAUAAAUGACAUGACUUU